CACUCAUCCCUCCUCCUCCCUUCGAGCCCUCCUCCUCCUCCUCCACCUCCUCCACCUCCCUCCCUCGUCCCCCCAUUUCACCACACCGCAGUGCUUCAGAUUUCCAUUCCUCAUCGUUUUCUUCAUCUUCGUCGUCAUCAUCAUCAACUGCAAACGUCUCCUUAUCAAUUACAGAGUCCUUGUCCCGAUCCACAACCUCAUAUUCCUCCUCCUUUUCCUCAUCGUUCACUCCCUCUUCCUGCUCCUCCUCCUCCUACUCAUUCUCCUCCUCAUUGAUGUCAUCACGCUCUACUCCUCCCUCCUCAUCCUCUUCCUCCUCCCUGUCUUCCUCCUUCACAUCGAGAAGACCCUCUCAUGCGGGCUCCACAACCUCUACUAAAUCCCCCUCGUCGUCUGCAUCACAACUGUUAUCAUCGACAUCAUCAUCAUCGUUAUUACCCUCCUCCUCACCCUCCCCCUCAUCUUCUCUGUCCAUCUCCAUGUGUGUGAACGUCACCAGAAAUCCCUCCUCCUCCUCCUCUUCCUCCUCCCUCUCCUCCUCCUGCCGAAUGGACGUCAUGGACUCAGGAUACAUCAGUGACGAUUCCAUGCACGGCCCGAGUUACCUCCCUCCUCCCCCCGGCUCUGAGGGCCCGCACCACCUCUACCCAGGCUGCCCGCCCGGAAGUGACGUCAUGUCCAAACCCGCCGGAAACGCCAUGUCCAUGGGUCACAUGACCUCCGCGUACGCAUGCGCAGCUGGUGUGCCGGGGGAGCAGAGGAAGAAGCCCGCCAAGAAGCAUCGCUCCAAUGCAGGUUCUGUCGUUCCGCCGGGUACUUCGCCUUCGUACCCAAGAACGAAAGGUUCCCCAAGAAGUUGUGCUUCAUGUUUGGUCACAAGGCACACGGAUGGAAGCAGUAGGAUAGGACAGAUCGCUGAACGGACAGACAGUACAACAGACACACACACACAGUUGAACAGACAGACAGUACAAGGUACAACAGACACACAUACAGUUGAACAGACAGUUGAACAGACAGACAGUCCAGCAGAUACACACACAGUUGAACUAACGAGUUGAACAGACGGAAAGACUGGAUCGAAAAUGCCGCUGUUUAAGAUCGUCAUCAUGUUUGCCAUCAUCUUUUGUCAAGUUCUUCAGCUGCAUCAUCGUCAUCAUCGUUAUAUUGUUAUCAUAACGAUAGAGACAGAGACAGAGUGAGAGAGAAAGAGGAUUAUUAUAGGAGCUUUGUAUUGUUGUACAGCGCAUUGAGCACUUCUUUGUGGAAAUGCGCUAUA